AUGAAGCGCGAAAACGAAGCCAAAGAAAUUCCGCCGAGCGGCCCCGGGGGGUCCGAUCAGAGACAAUUUAGCUCUGGACCUACCACUACCACCAACUCUUUCUCGUCGGAUCUGCCUGCCGCUUAUUCGGGUAAUAUUUGCGUGACGGCCGCAUAUGCCGGGGUAUUAAGGCUGGCUCCUCCUUAUCGUGAUGCUGCUUCUCCAUCCUUCUCAACGUCUCAUGCCCGGUCGUCUUAUCCUGAACCUGACUUGAUUGCUUCGCUGUCGGAUUCCAUUCCCACGACCCCCAACUCCUCCUUCUAUACUACUCUGGCUUCCAUACUCUCAAAAGUGGAUUCCAACGAUAAAGCCGUGGCCCCCUCCUCCGCCCCCUCGACCGUCGUUCCGCCCUCCCCGGCCUCCUCCACCUCCCCCACUCCUAGUAUCAACGAUGCUGGUCAUUCGGUCCCUUCUGCCCUUCAUCCCCGAGUGGCCGUCAUUCUAGGAGUUGAUCGGAAAUGGUAUUUGCCUUUACUGAUCUGUCGCGCGCUGAGCACCGUGCCCGCCGCGUGGUGGGGGCUCCGGUGUGCUUUCACCUUCCUGGCCGAACUGCUGCAUAUUCGACCAGGCAUAGGACAUGAGGGGUGGGCGGCGGCGAUUGUCGGGAGUGUUAGUCAAGACUGGGAUGUUGAAAGACGAUUCCGGGUAACCGAGGUGGCCUUGGCUAUUAUGUGGUGCAGUGCAUCCGCGUAUCUUUCCUACUUUUUUGCUGAUUGUAUGAUGUCUCGAUGGCUUUUGAACUAUACCCCACCAGCUGUUGUUAUUCGUCUCCUUACUACAAACGGUUUGAUUGCUUAUAUCACUUCUUGGGUCCUCUACCUCUCCGGAGCUUCGUCCGACCCCCGUUGUCUUUUACCCGCCUGGAUAUCCAUUACCACUACCCUUACCUUCCUUUAUCAUGCUACCCAGAAUCACGCGACCAUCAAGCGUGAAACCGCAGCUGCACUUCUCGUCGUGGCUGUCGCCAGUUUCGUCAGCAUGUCAUCGCUUCUCCUUCAGUUGCAUCUGACGCGAGAGAAUGAGCCCGAGGUGCCCGUUUUCGUCAUCACUCGCAAGCUUUGGGAUUGGGCUGUGGCUAUCUUCCUUCGUAUGCGAGUGUCGGAUGGGCGGGCUCCACUUGGGGAAUUGUAAGCUAGAAGGGACCAGUUUUAUCGACAGAUGUACAGCGGCGCAAUGCGUGCUUCUAUAGACUAGCUAUUAUUUCAAUCGUGUACCCUCUUGC